AUGAUGUUGUGGGCGCAGCAGCGACUUGUGCUUCGCGCUUCAGUCGUGUGCGGCGGUCGCCCUGCUGCUCUCCGUCGCAUGUGUGCCCCCUCCACGUACGCGCGGCCGAUGGUGGUGUCAUCCGUGACAACAGGCGCGCGCUACUUCGCGCGUGUCUCACCCAUUCAAGGCACGAUCGAGGCCCCGGAGGGUGGCUUCGUGACGGAAGACAUUAAGAUCGAUAUGAACGCAAACAUUGGAGGCGCAUACGCGCGCGGCGUGUUUGCGCGUCGCGAGAUUGGCUACGGGCGCGAGAUCAUGAACGUCCCCGCCUACGUCAUGUACAUUGGUGAGGACAGCAAUCAACCGCUCCGUGAGCAGGUGCUCAUCCUCACCAAGGAGGUGUUCACGAGGCUCGUGCUCGGCACGCCUGAGGAGAAGCGGUACAUCAUGCACCGCGUCGUCACGCUCAUGUCGGGUGGCUUCUCGUACUUUACGCGUGAGCGGGACGUGUUUGAGUUUGCGGAGGAGGUGCGGGCCCCUGGCCCGGAGGGGGCACUCAAGAACGGUGCCAACUUCCUGCUCAGCGGCGAGUUCUCCACGUACGACCUGCAGAAGCUUCCGCUCAUCAUUGAAUUCAACCGCUACGACGUGGAGUACAAUGGGCGACGGGGCAUCUGCCUCUUCCCGGAGGCGCAGUACUUCAACCACCAGUGUGAGCCCAAUGUGGAAGUGACGAUCACGUACAAUAGAGUGAAGUCGAAUUUUUACUUGAGCGCGCGCACGGUGCGCCCAGUACGUGAGGGCGAGGAGUUAUUCGUGAACUACAUGCCAGGAAAUACGCUGCCAGUGUCGCGACUGGCGCUAGCGAUGAAGAAGCGGUGGGGAUUUGAGUGCACGUGCGUCAAGUGCAAGAGCCGUGGCAUUGGCGCCGUGACGGUGCUGUUUGUCGUGGUGAUGCUUCCCAUGACGGCGUACCUGCGCUCAAUCAACGUGCGCCGCACACAGGAGAAGCAACGAGGCCUGUGA